CAAGUCAGAAAAAACACUCACACCCACUGCACACUGCAGGCUAAUCAAGUCAGAAAAAACCCUCACGCUCACUGCAGGCUAAGUACAGAAAAAUGGAAAUCUACUCUAGAGGAGGAGCCAUGGUUUUGGGGCUUUUGGUCUUGGCAUUUGCAUUCCUGAAUCGUGGGUAUGCACAAGAGACUCUUGUUCCUGCGAUCAUUACAUUUGGGGACUCAGCUGUGGAUGUUGGGAACAAUGACUAUCUCCUUACAAUUUUCAAGGCCAAUUACCCUCCCUAUGGAAGGGACUUUAUCAAUCAUGAGCCUACAGGUAGGUUCUGCAAUGGCAAAUUAGCCACCGACAUAACAGCUGAAACUCUUGGGUUCAAGACUUAUCCACCUGCAUAUCUUAGCCCAGAUGCAUCAGGAAAAAACCUUCUUAUAGGAGCAAACUUUGCAUCAGCUGCAUCUGGUUACGAUGAAAAAGCUGCGACAUUAAAUCAUGCAAUUCCAUUGUCUCAACAGUUACACUACUUCAAGGAAUACAAGAGUAAGCUAGCAAAGGUGGCUGGAUGUAACAAAUCAGCAUCAAUCAUCAAGGAUGCACUCUAUUUAUUGAGUGCAGGAAGUAGUGACUUCCUCCAGAACUAUUAUGUCAAUCCUUUGUUAAACAAGCUCUAUACUCCUGAUCAGUAUGGCUCACUCCUAGUCGGUGCAUUUACAAGCUUUGUUAAGGACUUGUAUGGUUCAGGUGCUAGAAGACUUGGUGUAACUUCACUCCCACCAUUGGGCUGCCUUCCUGCAGCUCGCACUUUAUUUGGAUUUCAUGAGAGUGGGUGUGUUUCCAGGAUCAACGCUGAUGCCCAGCAAUUUAACAAGAAGAUAAACUCAGCUGCUACAAGUCUCCAAAAGCAACUUCCUGAUCUAAGAAUUGUCGUCUUCGACAUCUUCAAGCCACUCUAUGACCUUGUUAUAUCUCCUUCAGCUAAUGGCUUUGUGGAAGCAAAAAGAGGUUGCUGUGGGACAGGGACUAUAGAGACGACAAUAUUGUUGUGCAAUCCAAAGUCUCCAGGCACUUGCCCCAAUGCCACCCAAUAUGUAUUUUGGGACAGUGUCCAUCCAUCUCAGGCAGCUAAUCAGGUUCUUGCAGAUGCACUCAUUGUUCAGGGCUUUGCUCUCCUUUGACGCUUGACGCAUAAAACUUUUAUCCGUAUAACAUAUCCCUCUUGUGGUAUAUCUACUACUGUCAUAACCAAAAAAUAUCGUAAAAGCUCGUCUUCAAUUUCAUGUAGCUGAAGAAAACUUAUUUCCUUCUAUGAGAAGUUCAACUUCAAAUUUC